AUGGCCAUCAAAACGGAUAUGAGUAAAGCGUAUGAUAGGGUUGAAUGGGGCUUUCUUGAGGCUUUGCUUCGAAAAAUGGGUUUUGCAGAUCGAUGGAUCUCUUGGAUCAUGUUUUGUGUCUCUUCGGUGGAGUAUAGGGUUCUCCUCAAUGGACAACCUAAUGGUUUAAUAUUGCCGGAGCGGGGAUUGCGACAGGGGGAUCCGUUGUCCCCUUAUUUGUUCAUUCUAUGUACAGAGGUCCUUAUUGCAAAGGUACGGAAAGCGGAGGCAGAUAAGCGGAUUACCGGUAUUAAGGUGGUUGAUAAGGAUCAAUGCAGGGUGAUUUUAGAUAUCUUACGGCAGUAUAAAGCGGUCACGGGUCAGCAAAUUAAUUUUGGAAAAUCUUCGAUUCAGUUUGGUCACACGGUCGAUGCGGUAGUCAAGACGGAAAUCCAGGGGGUUCUAGGGAUCACCAAUCAGGGCGGGGGGAAAGAGGUGAUGAUUAAGUCUGUCCCGACGGCUGUCCCGACUUUUGUGAUGUCUUGCUAUCGUUUGCCAAUGACUAUCACUUCUAAACUGACUAGUGCAGUGGCAAAUUUCUGGUGGAGUACAAAUGGACAGUCAGGGGGUAUGCAUUGGAUUGCUUGGGAGAGGCUUUGUUGCUUGGGUGGUCUGGGUUUCAAGAGUGUUCAUGAUUUCAACACGGCUUUGUUGGCUAAGCAGUUGUGGAGACUGAUAGAUUAUCCAGACUCCCUGUUUGCCAGGGUUUUUAAAAGUAGGUAUUAUCGGAAUACAGAUCCUAUGGAUCCAAUACGAUCUUAUUCACCCUCAUAUGGGUGGAGGAGUAUCGUAUCUGCUCGCUCUCUGGUGACCAAAGGGCUUAUUAAACGGGUUGGCUCAGGGACCUCAAUUUCUAUAUGGAGGGAUCCUUGGGUUCCAGCUCAAUUCCCAAGACCAGCCUUAAGUAACGGUCCUUUUAAGGACCCAACUCUCCGGUUACCCCAUUUCAUUGAUCGUCAAAUGAAUUCUUGGCGUAAGGAUUUGCUCACUCAGCAUUUUGAUCAUGUGGAUGUUGCUCUGAUAGAGGCAAUACCUCUAAGUCGUUGCCCCAAGGAUGAUUCUUUAGGAUGGCAUUUUACUAAAACUGGGAAAUAUACGGUCAAAUCUGGGUAA